AUGGCCAUGGACCAAAAGGAAGAGCCAACCACGAAACUAUCGCUCGCAAAGAUUCCUGGCGUUGGAGGCAAUGGAGGAAGGCCCUUUGACUCUGGCUGCAACCCAACUGGUGUCUGGCAAGUGCACGUUGAGUGUGGACCAAUCUUCUCAUAUGUGUUGCAGAAUGGAAAAUACUAUACAUCAACUGUCAAGCGAAUCUUUUUGAGAUUUCACAAAACUUGCAGCAACCGAGGAGAUGCCAUCUACUAUCAUUGGUACCCAGCUGGCUUGAACGUUGGCACCAAGAAAUAUUUCUUCAAUGUGAAUGAUGGUGAUAGCAUCGUAAAGACUGUGGUCUGGUCGGAUGGUUUCCUGGUCAAUGCAAUUCAGUUCUACACUGAAAAAGGGAUUGUUUCUCCCAUGUAUGGCUUGCCACGACCCGAAUCUUUGGAAAGUGAAUUCAAAGGCCCCCAAGGAUCACAAUUGGUGGGAAUUCAUGGCAGAUAUGGUGCUGCCAUUGACAAGCUUGGCUUCUCCUUUGCCAAAGUCAAUGAACGUCCCCACGCAGCCAUCAUGGCAAGCCCCUGCCUCCCAGAAGGCAUGAAAUGGAACAUAAACAAGAUCGCCGCAGUGGGUGGUUGUGGUGGUAGGCCGUUUGACUCUGGGUGCAAUCCCUCCAAUGUCAAGAAGGUGCACAUUGAAAUUGGAUCUAUGAUGACGAACUUUCAAAAGGACGCCAAGUAUCCAUGCACCAUCAAGCGAAUCUAUCUCGAGUUUGAUGACUACCCUGGUGCAUGCGACAACACAGACGUUGCCUUCCAUGGUUGCAGCGUGCGAGGACAAUGGGAAAAGGAGGAACAUACAUUCGAGGUCAACCCAGAUGAUGGGAUUACCAAGAUUGUUGUCUGGUCAGAUGGAACUCGUGUCACUGCAGUUCAACUGCAUACCCUAAGGGGCUUUGUCUCCCCCAUGUAUGGCAUGUACCUCCCAGGUUUAGAAGCAACAGAGUUUGAAGGUGGCAUGCCCCUCCCGGGGUCAGAAGCCACAGAGUUUGAAGGUGGCCCUAGUUCCCGAUUGGCAGGUAUCCAUGGAAGAUUUGGCACUGCUGUUGACCAGCUUGGGUUUUCCUUUGCUACUGCCACAAAAAUCGCCAGUGACGCACCCUCAGGAGACGAGUCCACUUGCUCAACCGACGAAUCCGAUCAUGUAAGUGAACUUUCGUCGUGA